UCGAUAAGUUCACUUUUGUGAAGUAAAAAAUUGUGAAAUUAAUUAAAUAAUUAUUUAUUUGUUACAUCUGUUUCGGUGGAAUGCUUUGUAAAUUAAUUUCCAAUUAGUGCUGCGCUUUAUGGCCCCCUCAACCCAACGGACGGAACAUGUAUGGCAAGAAGUUUAUUUUUAGUCCACUUUGGUGAUCUUGGGGCAAGUUGCUGUGAUAAUUUAAAUAACUUAAUUAUGGAUAAUAGACCUAAAUCGAUAUUUCGGGACUUAUACAACCUUCCUUAUAAAAACAAUUUUUUCAAAUUAUCAACUAAUGCUAAAGACGACGGUGAUCUUAUACAGAGACUAGGUUUGCUCAAGAAGUUAGAAAUCCAUCAAGGCUGUGUCAACACCAUUUGUUGGAACAGCACAGGAGAGUAUAUUUUGUCGGGUUCAGACGACCAGCAUUUAAUCAUAACAAAUGGGCACACAUACAAAGUUGAAACCAAUUAUUGCACCAGCCACCAUGCGAACAUCUUCAGUGCUAAGUUCUUGCCAUGUUCUUCUGAUAAACAAAUCAUCUUACACACAGAUCUCGAAAACACCAAAAAUACUUACUACAACCAGUUCAGUUGCCAUGCAGGAACCACUUAUGAGGUGAUUACCAUACCAAAUGAUCCCAAUACGUUUCUCAGUUGUGGGGAGGAUGGCACAGUGCGUUGGUUUGAUUUGAGGACAAAGACAAGUUGCCGAAAACCGCGUUGUAAAGAAGAUAUUUUAAUUAAGUGUCAGAGAGCUGUUACAGCUCUUGCAAUAAGUCCAACUGCACCUCAUCAGCUUGCAGUUGGAUGCGCUGAUUCAACAGUGCGUAUUUAUGACAGACGUUGUCUUAGUACUCAACUCGAGGAUCAUUUAAAGGCUCGACCAUUCUGUAGUUUCAUCGCCCCAAAUCUGGAAGACCGAAGAUACAGAAUAACUUCACUCAGCUACAGUCAUGACGGUCAAGAUAUGCUAGUCUAGAUUAUCUGUAUCUAUUUAGGAUACAGGAGAAUCAGCUAGCUGAAUUAAAAAAACCCAUUAAAGCGUCUCCUUGGGAGAAAGUUAAAAUGUUAGCAGGCCAACGAGAACGUGUCAAUAAUUCGCCACCUCAUGUGCGAAAGUUACGUUUAAGAGGAGAUUGGUCUGAUACUGGACCAGAUGCACGUCCAGAAAGAGACACAACGACAACUGUCAGUAUUGGUCAAGCGAGACCACAAUUACAUGCCACUUUGAUGCAGCGUAUGACCGAUGUUCUCUCACAAAUGUUGAAUGAUCCAAUGACAAGAGCGGCUUUGAGUGCAGGAGGAGAGGAUUCACUUGAUCCGAAUGAAACGUCGCAAAGAAAUAUUUUAGGUGAAGGACAAAGUAAUUCGUCUGCUCAGGAAGAGAACGCAGAACAGCCGGUGGAACAGAGUCAGAAUGAAGCGGAAGGAGAGCAAAGUGUUCACACAGAGGCAGAAGAAGUUGCCACAACAAGCAGGCAAGACCAAGAGCCGUCUGCGUCCACAAGCAACGCUGAAGAAAGACAAAGUGAAACUUCUGCAUGCGUUACAAGUCUGUACAGUCACCUAACAACGUUGCGUAACUUAAGGGACGGCUUUAUAGAACAACAUGGUUCAGAGCCUUCAGUCAGCCUCAGGUAUUCUCAGCAAAGCACGGCCAAUGCUACGAUCAGUUUAAGAGUUGGUAGUAGAUAACGAAUGGGGGGACAACACAACACAACCUUGACCUUGAGUUUGACCCCGCCCAUUUUCCCUCUCUUUCUUUCAAGGUCACUCGUUCUCUCUUACUUUUUCAAGGCCAACCCCUCCCACUUCCCCCCACCAUUUCAAGGCCAAGGCAUUAUUGGACCUUGGUGUUUUCAAGGUCAAGGUCAUUCAUGCUACUCCCCACUUUUCCAAGGCCAACAACUCCUCACUCAUUCAAGAUGAAUCGCGCAAUUGUCCUUACUCAUUUUCCACCCCAAACUGUAUAAAAGUUAAUGUGUUGUGUUGUGUAACACAGUUCUUGUGUAUAUCUGCAAUAACAAGAAAUUCUUUAAAAAAUGGAAGUUACAAGGAAGUGUUCGAUUUAUAAUACUCCUGAGGAUGUCAUAGUUUGUCCAUACGACAAAAACCACGUACUGCUCUGGUUUCGGCUUGAAAGGCACAUUUGGAAGUGUCAUCGGGCCGAUAAAGAAAAACAAAGGGCCUCAUGUGAAGUGAUGUUGAAAGAAGAAGAGGAGAACUGGGAUCAUUUCAAUGAGCCCAGCUACCUCGACUUCCUAAAAACUAAAAAGAAUCAUAAUGCCUUAAAUUAAAGAAGGCCGGGGUUCUUUAGUAGAAAAUAGUGUAGAAUAAGUUUAGCUAAGUAGUAGUAGUCGUAGUAAAAUGUAAAUAUUAUAUUAUUGUAUAAAAAAAAUAAAAGUUGUAAAAAAGC